AUGUCAGUGCCUUUGCUAAAUCCGAUUCUGACAAAGGAAAACAAGGAUUUUUUGUACCAUUUAGGUAUCGAAAAAAGCACUACUGAUCUUCCAAAAAGAUUUGGUGAUGUUAAGUUUGUAUGUACUGGUGGCAGCUCGACACGACUUGCACUGUAUGCAAAAUGGUUUGCGAAGGACUGUGGAUUAGAUUGCAGUGAGAAUCUCUGUAAUGGUGACCGUUUUGUCAUGUACAAGACGGGCCCCGUUCUUUGGAUCAAUGUAAGAAUAGGCGUUGCAUCGUUGAGUAUUGUGCUUAUUGAAGUCAUAAAACUUUUGCAUUAUGCGAAAGCCGUUGAUGUUACAUUUUUCCGCAUUGGUACUUGUGGUGGAAUCGGUAUACCACCUGGUACCCUAGUCAUUUCAACUAGCGCUGUAAAUGGUGAACUGAAACAGGAAUACGUCCAAUACAUAAUGGGCAAAAGAGUAACACGGCCAGCGAUUCUUGAUGAGAAUUUACGCAAAGAAAUUGGUGAAUUUGCACAAAAAAUAGAUAUAUCAGUGGUAAGCGGUAAAACAAUGGCUUGCGAUGAUUUUUAUGAAGGACAAGCAAGAUUGGAUGGCGCUUUUUGUGACUAUACAGCCAACGAGAAAACGAAUUUUUUAAAUCACUUGAAAGAACUCGGAAUAAGAAAUAUCGAAAUGGAAAGUGUAUGUUUUGCAGCAUUGCUUCAUCGGGCGAAUAUUAAAGCAGCCAUCGUUUGUGUGACUUUAAUUGAUCGCACGAAAGGCGACCAAAUCAAAAUUAAUAAAUUACAGUACGAGGAAUUCGAGUCAAAGCCUUUUAAUCUUAUCAAAUUAUUCAUUAGACAAAAAUUAAACAUUUAA